AUGUUGUUCCUACCAUUAAGUCUUAUAGCAGUGGGCUUACUACUGGCUUGGUACCUAAUAGGAAAGCGCAAUGAGAGCUACUGGAAAAAGCGUGGUGUAAAGUUCUAUAGCAAAAACAAAGCGGCUGGACCAUUCUGGGAUUUCCUAACAUCACAACGUGCAUUUUUUGAAAUCUUGGGAGACCUAUACGAAAAAUACAGACAAGAACCAGCAAUCGGUAUUGGUCAAUUCUUAACUCCGACACUCUUUGUCAUCGAUCCGAAGAAUGUGCAGCAAGUUUUAUCAGGUGACUUCCAAUCUUUUCACCACAGAGGCAUUGAAAGUAUUGAAGGGGACCAAUUGAGUGAUAACAUUAUAAUGAUGAAUGGUCCAAGAUGGAAGCUGAUGCGACAGAAUAUGACUCCAUUGUUUACGGCAAACAAAUUAAAGAACAUGUACUACAUCAUGGAUAAAAGCGCCCAAGACUUCGUGCAGUACUUGAAAGACAAUCCCAAGACCCGUGCUGGUAAUUUAUUUGAAACUCUUAUGAUGUUCUGUAAUGCUGCUGUUUGUGGAGCUAUCUUUGGCAUUGGAUCAGAGUCAAUCUUCGACACACCUUUCCUCAAGGUUGCAAAAAGCUUGUCACAAUCCAACCUUAGUAUCAGGUUAAAAUUCAUAUUGUUCAAUCUCAGUCCCAAGUUGUUUAACCUAUUGAGAUUAAAAGUUUUCAAUGAAUACGAAGAUUUCUUUAUUGGCUCCAUAAGUAAAGUGAUGAAAUCUAGAGAACAAGAAAAAGUAAAGAGACACGACUUUGCAGAAAUUGCUUUAGCUAUACAGAAGAACGGUACCAUGAGAGACCGUACAACAGGAUACGAGAUAGAGCCUACGACGGGUAUACUCUCCGCACAGGCAUUGUUCUUCUUCACUGCUGGUGUAGAGCCUUGUGCUAAUGCGAUCUUUUCAACAUUAAUUCUUUUAGGCAGUCACCCAGACAUACUUGAAAGAGUGCACAAAGAAAUUGACGAACAUUUUGAAAAGCACGGCAACAACAUAACUUACGAUGUUAUUUGUGAAAUGAAGUACACAGAUAUGGUGCUGAGUGAGGCGAUGAGAGUAUUCCCUCCAAUUGGUCACUUGACUAGACAAUGUGUUCAAAACACAGUUCUGCCUGUUGGUAACAUCCCAGUAGAGAAAGGGACAAAAAUGUUCACUCCAAUCUAUGCUAUUCAUCACGACCCAGAAUUGUAUCCAGAUCCAGAAGUUUUCGACCCGGAGCGAUUCUCUAAGGAUAGGAAGCCCAGAGAUGACAUUUAUAUGCCAUUUGGUAUGGGCAACAGGACAUGCAUCGGUGAGAGGUAUGCCAAAUUACAAGUGCAAGCAGGUUUAGUUCACGUCUUGCGAAACUUCACUGUUAAACCGCAUAAACAUCAAAAAGUAGUAUUUGCUCAUGAUCCACUUAAUGUGAGACCAAGAAAUAUCGAUGUGCAAAUAAUUCCGAGAAACAUUUAA